CUAGCAUGGCGAUAGACAUUCAAAUGUUUGUAUUGCUACUCUUUGUUAUUUAUAAGGUUUCAAAAGCAGAAAUUCUUGACCAACAAACAGUGAGAGAUAUAUUAAUCAAAAAUAGAUGUUUAUGUCCUUGUGGACCAUCCACGUCCGACGGCUGGAAGAACUUUAUUAUUCCAUUCAGUGAGGGUAACUGGUUCGAAGCGAUCUCAUACUGCAAUGAGAUGGGAAUGUCGAUCGUGCAGAUUCGGGACAAACACGACAGUAAAGAACUGCAAGAUUGGUUAGAUAGACAAGGUCUUGAACCGAGUGAAAGCUUCUGGAUAGGAGCCAAUGAUCUUGCCACGGCCGGAGUUCAUCGCUGGGGACUAAGCAACAAGCGUGCGAAAUACGUCGAAUGGGCUCCAGAAGAACCGAACGGAGCAACUAUACGAGGGGAAACCGAACACUGUGUUGAACUGGUGACAGAUACAAUGAAAUGGAAUGAUGCUGUGUGUUCAAAAAAACUAAAGUUUAUUUGUGAACGAUAUGUGCAGUAG